UUUAGAAUUCAGGACUCAUAUCUCAGACUUUGGGUCUCUAGUACUGCUGCAAUGGCUUUUGCUUCUUCUUCUUCUUCUCAAGGGAGCUAUGAUGUGUUCUUGAGCUUUAGAGGAGAAGACACCCGCAAUAACUUCACUGCCCAUCUCUAUCAGGAGUUGCGCACUAAAGGAAUCAACACUUUCAUAGAUGAUGACAAGCUUGAGAGAGGCCGGGUCAUAUCUCCUGCCCUUGUUACAGCUAUUGAGAACUCCAUGUUUUCCAUCAUUGUUUUAUCAGAAAAUUAUGCAUCUUCUAAAUGGUGUCUAGAGGAGCUUGUGAAGAUACUAGAGUGCAUGGAAACCAGGGGACAGAGGGUUCUCCCAAUUUUCUAUAACGUGGAUCCCUCAGAUGUUAGAAAACAUAGGGCAAAAUUUGGAGAAGCCUUAGCUGAACAUGAGAAGAAUUUGACGGAGAAUAUGGAGAGGGUGCAGAUUUGGAAGGAUGCUCUCACUCAAGUUGCAAACUUAUCUGGUUGGGAUUCAAGGAAUAAGAAUGAGCCUCUACUAAUCAAGGAAAUCGUAAAGCAUAUUUUGAAUAAAUUGUUAACUAUAUGCGUUGGUGAUACCGAGAAACUAGUUGGAAUAAAUGCUCGCAUACGAAAAAUAGAAAUGCGAUUAUGUUUCGAAUCAGAUGAUGUUCGUAUGAUAGGAAUUUGGGGCAUGGGCGGAAUGGGGAAAACAACUAUUGCUAGAGCUCUUUACAACAAAAUCUCAAGACAAUUUGAAGCACACUCUUUUUUGGAAGAUGUUGGAAAGGUUUUGGUUAAUAAGGGUUUAAUCACAUUACAACAAAAAUUUCUUUCUCAACUAUUGGAGGAAGAAAAUCUAAAUAUGAAAGGACUCACAUCUAUAAAGGCUAGACUCCAUUCAAAAAAGGUUCUUAUUGUUCUCGACAAUGUGAAUGAUUCAAGAAUAUUGGAAUGCUUAAUUGGAAAUAGGGAUUGGUUUGGUCGAGGAAGUAGAAUUAUUAUAACGACUAGAGAUAAAUGUUUGUUAAUUUCACAUGGAGUCAAUUAUUCUGAGGUUGAGAAAUUCAAUUGUGAUGAGGCUUAUGAGUUUAUUAGACAUCAUUCGUUAAAACAUGAACUUCCUAGAGCUGAUUUCUUGGAGCUUUCAAAAGAAAUGAUAGAUUAUGCUCAAGGCCUUCCGCUGGCUCUUAAAGUUUUAUGUUCUUCUUUAUUUGGCAUGAGCAAAAAGGAAUGGAGAAAUCAGUUAGACAAACUGAAAAGUACUCUUAAUAAGAAAAUUGAGGAAGUGCUUAGAAUAAGUUAUGAUGGAUUAGAUGAUAAAGAGAAGAAUAUAUUUUUGGAUAUUGCAUGUUUCUUUAAAGGAGAAGAUUUUGAUUAUGUAAUUGAAAUAUUGGACGGUUGCGGCUUUUUCCCAUUUUGUGGAAUAAGAACUCUCAUUGAUAGAUCUUUGAUAAGUAUUUAUGGGAAUACGCUUGAGAUGCAUGACUUAAUACAAGAAAUGGGUAUGGACAUUGUUCGCCAACAAUCUCUUCAAGAGCUCGGCAAACAAAGCAGAUUGUGGUUCCAUGAAGAUAUCUCUGAUGUAUUGAAAAAAAAAAUGUACUUAUACUGGUAUGGAUAUUCUUUGAAAUCGCAACCCAAUGAUUUCAAUGCAAAGAAUCUUGUUCACCUUAGCAUGCCAUAUAGUCACAUUAAACAGCUUUGGAAAGGAAUCAAGGUUCUUGAAAAGUUGAAAUGCAUGGAUCUUAGUCACUCUAAGUACUUAAGAGAAACCCCAAAUCUCUCAAGAGUCACCAACCUGGAACGGUUAGUUUUAGAAGAUUGUGUGUCUCUAUGUAAGGUUCAUCCAUCACUUGGAGAUUUGAAGAAUCUCAACUUUUUGAGUUUGAAAAACUGCAAAAUGCUCAAGAGUCUUCCAAGCAGCCCUUAUGACUUGAAAUCCCUUCAAACAUUUAUUCUUUCGGGCUGCUCAAGAUUUGAACGAUUUCCUGAGAACUUUGGGAACUUAGAAAUGUUGAAGGAACUUUAUGCAGAUGGAACUGCUCUAAGAGAACUACCCUCCUCUUUUUCUUCGUUGAGAAACCUUGAAAUAUUAUCUUUUGAAGGAUGCAAGGGACCACCAUCUGCCUCAUGGUUGUUGCCAAGAAUUUUCAAUUCCACGGGUUUCAUAUUGCAUAAUUUGUCAGGCUUAUGCUCUUUAAGAUUGCUAGACCUAAGUGACUGCAAUUUGUCAAAUGAAACAAACCUUGGUAGUCUUGGCUUCAUAUCUUCAUUGGAAAGGUUACUUUUAGGUGGGAACAGCUUUGUUACGUUGCCAAACAUCAGUCGACUUUCCCACUUGAAAUUUCUUGGGUUGAGAAAUUGUAAAAGUCUUCAAGAACUGCCAGAUCUCCCAACAAACAUUUUUUAUGUGGAUGCAAAAAAUUGCACAUCAUUGAAAAAUGUCUCGGCUCAAAUACUCAAGUCAUUCCUUCCAAGGAGCAAGUAUCCCACACUCACGGAACCAGGGGACGUUAGGGCAUUACAAGCGAGGACUUCUGGGAGUAGACUACCAGAUUGGAUAAGGUAUCAGAGCUCAGGGGGAGAAGUAAGAGCAGAGCUACCUCCAAAUUGGUUUAAUUCCAACUUCCUGGGUUUUGGGUUUGCUCUCGUCGUUCCCAAGUGUAGUGAGUAUCCUGCUUAUACAAACUACGUACGGUGUUCCUUGUUCUAUUCAAGAUCCAGUCACUUUACUCACGACUUCCUAGUCAUGCCUUGUGUGUGGAAUGAUAUGGACAUGAUAAAGUCAGAUCACAUAUACCUGCUUUAUGUACCACUUUCUUCCUUCAGCAAUGGGCGUCUAUAGGGUCACAUCAAUUGGCCUGAAGUGACUCAUAUCAGGGCAUUGUUCAUGUCAAAGGUUGGUUUUGCUGCUGAAGUUAAGCGGUAUGGGAUUGGUCUGGCGUACAGUAAUGAAGAUGUGAAUCACAACAACCCCCCAAUGAUCCAAUUCGGCUCUAUUUCCUCUCCUUCCUCUCCUCCUCCUAAUAAGUCAACUGUUGUCCUUACAGAAAUCCAUGAGGAGGAACCCAGUGGAAGUGUUGAUGGCUCGGAAUUGAAUAAUUCUGGGUACUAUACUGCUGAGGAGGGAGAACCAGCUGAAACUGCUUGCUCUAAGGAUCUGUCUGAAUCAGAGAUGCGGCCACAGAAACGCUUGAAAUGCAGCCAUUUUCAGGACAUCCCUUGACGAGGAGGAACGGGUCAGGAAAAUGCCUGAUAUGCACCCAAAUCUUCCCAUAUCAUCUCUUGGUGCUGGAAACAAAUUACUUUGGCAGUGCAGAUUCUGAUUUGCUGGAACCGGAAAAUAUUCUGGUAGUGCUGAUUCUGUUUUGCUAGAAAACAUUCUGGUAGUGAUGAUUUGCUGGAACUGGAAAUUAUUCUGUCAGUGCACGGAUUCUGGUUUGCUGGAAAUUAUUAUGGCAGUAUUGGUAGUUUUGGUAUCUUAUCAAAGGACGCUGCCAAGGAUGUCUGCCCUUUUUGAAUAUUUCUUAAUGUAAGGAUGGAGUGAGAUCAUGUGUGGCUGUUUUAUUUAUCACUUCCCCACUUCAUUUGGAAUAUUCCUGCUAUGGUUGUUUUUGGAAAGGCGAUCAAGGGGUUUGGGGGAAUGAAGAGGUACUGAAUCACAAGCAUGUGACAAUGUUCUAAUUCAACUCUUAUCUCUCGUCCUCCUCACUAUUCAACUCUUGUCCUUGAAGAAACCCAGUGAGAAUGGGUGCCCUAAUAUUGGUGGCUUGGAAUGAGAUAAUGCUGAUUACUUACUUCUAAUGAGGGAGAACCCACUACAACUAGCUGCCCCAGUGAUGAGAUCUGGCAGAGUAACACUUGGAAUGCAGGCAUCAUCCGGACAAUUCUUGAUGAGGAGGAACAUGAAGAAAUGCUUGAUAUGCAUCCAAAUCUUCCCAUACCAUCUCUUGGUGGGUUGUGCUUUUCUUCUUUUCUUUUCUAGUUUAAUUUCUUAAUUUGAUUGAGUUGCUUAGCUUGUGUAUAUGUAUUAAGAUCAUUUAGAACUAUUUAAUCAUUCUACAGUGCUAGAUUGA